CUUCUUUCUAUAUAAAGCUUCCCCUACGUCACUAUCGCGCCAAAAAGCGAUCUUAAACGACCCGACCCUCGCCUCCACCGUGAUGGAAUUGUUUGUCGACCGACUGAUACGUAAUUUCAGUCCCGACGACCACCGGAAAUACGGCGGCACCAUCGCCUUACGGGAAGCAUCGGAGAUGCGCAUGAUUUCACCCAUGCUGUGCAACGCCUUUGAGGCGACAGCGCUUACCUUUGCCGGUCGGCGCGACGGUAACCGGUCAGUCGAGUUAGCGGGGCACGCCAAAUACAUCCGAACGCUCCGACAACUCCAAGCUGCGCUCUAUGACGCAGAGGGGAACAAGUCGACUGAGGUCCUCGUCGUUGUGUUGUUGUCGACUAUCACGGAGGCCUUCAAGCAAACGUCAAAAGAUUCUAUUUUCAGACACCAGCUGGGCGGCUUAGAGCUUCUACGGACACGGUCAGCUUAUCGACAUCGCUACGGAAUUGAACGCUCUUUGUUCGUUGAUCUUCGGCUAUACUGGGUCACGGCAGCAUUGGUUCAUCGCAAACCGAGUUUCCUCGCGUCCAAGGAUUGGUUGACUGUUCCCUGGGCGGGCGAUGCACCGGUCAAGGAUAUUCUGCAGCAUCUCCUGGACGUUGCCGUCGACAUUCCCGGUUAUCUUUCCCGGAUCGAUGAAUUCGGCGCCAUGGUAGACAGAGCCGCUGCAUGCCCAUUUGAGCUCACGGGGAUGCAUAGCUCCAUCUGCCAGCAAGCAACCAACCUCCAGGCGCGUCUCAAUAUGUGGAAAGCUGCAUACGCCGACACGUAUUCCCUGGGCACGGCAUGGGAAGUGCACGACACCGAGUCUACCGACGGCUUCCCUGUCUUCCGAUGUCGUAACACCAGCACCAUGUCUGUUACGGUCGCCAAGGUCUUGUACUAUCCCGACAUUCUCCUGGCGACCUCGAUGUGUUUCUAUUGGGCAUUGUCACUAGUCGUCUCGGCCUCGGAUAGCGGCUUCGUCAGCGUGCUCGGCCCGCAACAGCGGUACCAAUUCGCAUGCAACAUCUGCCGCAGCAUGAAAUAUUACAUCAAUAACAUCCCGGGGUAUCUAAUGUCCCGGAUCAUGUUCGUUCUGCGCACGGCGUUCGACGCAUUUUCACCGGGGAUGAUCGAGAAGGAAUACAUCGCGGAAUUAUUUCAGUAUAUCGGGCGCAAAUUGGAGUUUCCGGUGUUUUCGAAUAAGUGCACAUCGUCGGCGGUUAAGAGCGAAUUUACAUGAUAUUUUAUUUUAUUUUGUUUUUCCCCUCGUUUUUCAAUGUGCUCCGAGUUACGGUCUUUAUGAAUGACGAAUGUUCGCAAUCAUAGGUGGCGCAUGCAGGUGGGCAAUU